AUGUGUCUGUUGCUCCUGCAGAUAAUCUUUUACGAGGACAAAAACUUCCAGGGCCGCUCGUAUGAGUGCAACACCGACUGCUCCGAGAUCGGCUCUCACCUGAGCCGAUGCAACUCCUGCAGGGUGGAGAGCGGUCUGUUCAUCGUUUAUGACCGGCCCAACUUCACGGGACAGCAGUACCUCCUGAGGAGGGGGGAGUACCCCGAGUACCAGCGCAUGAUGGGAUUCAAUGACUGCAUCAGGUCCUGCCGCAUGAUCCCUGUGCACAGGGGACCCUUUAGGAUGAGGAUCUACGAGAGGGAGAACUUCGGAGGUCAGAUGCACGAGGUGCAGGACGACUGCGACAACAUCCAGGACCGCUACCGCAUGACCGACAUGCAAUCCUGCAACGUUUUAGAGGGCCACUGGCUGAUGUACGAGCAGCCCAACUACAAAGGCAAGAUGCUGUACCUGAGGCCCGGGGAGUACAGGAACCUGAGAGAGAUGGGAAACGAGGACACGAAGUUCUGCUCUAUCAGACGCAUCACAGAUAACUAUUAAGCACCUCGCAGCCGAGAGGCUGAAAUAGUUUUUAAAUAAACACAAAGAAUUUGAAUAGCAAUCUUUUUUUUUCUUUUUUCUUCUUUUUUUUUUUUUUUUUUUUUUGAGCCCACCUAAAGUCUGAACCCUGUGACGCUCCAAAUGCUGUAUUUUGAAACCCUUCUGCCACUGACCAAUGUGUUUUACCUAAACAAGACCUAGUA